CGGGAGCCGAACGCACGGAGCUCGCGCGGUUCAUUCGCACGCGAUAACGUCGAAUUCACUUAACAAAUCUAAACAAACAACCGCGUUGAUCAAUGAAACACAUGUUAAAGUUAUCGUCUCAUAUAAAAUUCGUAUAAAGAUCUUCAGUGUUGAGUGCCGACGGAGCGGUUUCCUUCGAAACGUGGACCUAAAACAGCGAAGUGGAUUUAGAGCUACAUCAACGUGCCAGCGGUCACUUUAUGAGUGCCGCUGGCGCGAUGUGCGACCGGGCCGGCUUCGGGAGCUCGAUGGGGCACUUUCCCAUGAGCCACAUGUCAGCGAUGGGCGCCAUAGGCACCAUGGGCUCGCUAUCCAUGAACGGGCAGCCGCAGCAGAAGAAAUCCCAGGAGGAACACAUAAAACGACCAAUGAACGCCUUCAUGGUUUGGUCUCGGUUGCAGAGGCGGAAAAUAGCUCAGGACAAUCCCAAGAUGCACAAUUCAGAAAUAUCAAAGAGAUUAGGUGCUGAAUGGAAACUCCUGACAGAAGACGAGAAAAGGCCGUUCAUCGAUGAAGCCAAACGUCUCAGGGCGAUGCACAUGAAGGAACAUCCAGAUUACAAGUACAGGCCGCGGAGGAAACCGAAGACCCUCAGGAAGGAGGGGUACCCGUACUCGAUACCGUAUCCCAGUGUGCCCAUGGACGCGCUCAGAGCGGGUAUGGCCGGUGGGGGCAUGGGUCAAGCGAUGGGAAGCUACUACGGCGCAGCUUACGGGCCGCUUGGAGCCAGCAUGGCGGCAGCCGCCGCAGCCGCUGCUCAGCAGAAUGCUAUUUCAGCAGCCUUGACCCCUAAUGCUCAGGUCAGUGCAUCGAUGGACAUGUCGAAAUACUCCAUAGAAGCUGAAAAGUACAGGAGUUACGGAAUGUACCCGGAUCCUUCACGAGGCUACCUGGAUUCGGCAGCCUUGUCCAAGGCCUACAUGUAUAUGGACCAGCAACAGCAGAGAUAUCCCGUGGACAUCAGCAAGAUGUACACUGAGGCUUCAGCCGCCAUGGCCGGUCUGAACUCUGUUAAUUCAGCUCCGUCCAGCUUAUCGCCCAGGUCUCCAGCAGAGUCUCCGGACAUGGCCAAAGCACAGGAAAGGACUGAAGGCAGUACAUCAUCAGGAUCGAAUCCAUCGCCAUCCCUGCCAUACUACCAAGGGUCAUCAAGUAUCCUGAUGCCGCAAUAUCCUGGCCAAUACGCCCAGAGCACCCAAGCGGGGGAGUUUCGGAGACCGUUGACUGUCAUAUUUUGACCAGACACUUAAUGUACUGACUGCUCAUGAUCAGUGUUGUUAUUUGUUUUUUGAGAUGUUGAAGUUGUUGUGCUUUUAUAGCGCUCAUGAUGACGUCAUAGCGAGAGAGCUUUUCUCAAAUGACGAAAAUCGAGUGUUUUUUUAUUGAUUGAAUCUCAUUUGAGGAUUUCAUAUGUAAUGUUAUUUUGUUUAAAAGUAACAUAUUAUGCGUAUGUAUG